UUGAAAUUAUGCAAAGAUCAAUUGGUUAUAUAAAAAAUAGAACUAAGGAAUUAUAAUUGAAGAAAUAGAAAUACAAAUCACCAGAUAUAAAUAGUAGUAGAAGGAUAUAUAAACUACCUCCAUAAUGGGUAGACAAAAUGGAAGAAACAAGAGAUACUAUAUAAAAAGUUGGAAUUCUUAAUUAAGAAAUUGAGAAGUUAAAAAAAUCAAAGGAUGUUGGACCUAAAGCACAAUUUAAUGAAUAAGUAAUAUAAGGGAAACUUGAUUAAGCAUUAUAGGUUAAAAUCUGAGU